CACAGUCCAGCCUCCAGGUUUGUUCAUCAGCAAGCAAUAGGGAAUAUUCAAUCUUAACCCUGGUCCCAUAGAACAUUCUUCUUGACACUGCGAGGACAAAAUCGUCAUUCGCGAUAUUUUAUGUUCAUUGCAUUCUUCGUCCAAGAUCUCUCUUCUUCUUCUUCUUCUUCUUCGAUCUAAACCCAAGCCAAGCCAAGCCAAGCCAAAAGCCAAAAAGCCAAUUCGACGAUCAACGAAAGCGGGGACUUCUCUUCUUCGCUCCUCGCUGUGUCUCGGUCCAUUUUCUGAACUCCGGAAAAGAGAUGAAAGAGAGUAGGGAUGGAACCAAGAGUGCUAGGCAUGCAAAAUCUUCAUCUGUUACCUCACUUCCUCUCAUUUUGGACAUAGACGACUUUAAGGGGGAUUUUUCAUUUGAUGCGUUGUUUGGGAACUUGGUAAAUGAUCUUCUCCCAUCUUUUCAAGAAGAAGAGACUGAUUCAGCUGAAGGACAUGGCAACAUCAGUGGGACUGAUGCUUUGCCAAAUGGUCACAUAAGAGCCCUGUCAGAUACUGCAAAGUUUUCUCAGGGACCAUCCGAACCUCUGUUUCCUGAAGUUGGUAAACUCUUGUCCCUGUUCAAAGAUUCUUGUAAGGAGUUGGUUGAUCUUCGAAAACAGAUUGAUGGAAGGCUUUACAAUCUUAAGAAAGAAGUUUCUGCACAAGAUUCUAAGCACCGCAAGACACUCACCGAGCUGGAAAAAGGUGUAGAUGGUUUGUUUACUAGCUUUGCAAGGUUGGAUUCACGUAUUUCAAGUGUUGGACAGACAGCUGCCAAAAUAGGGGAUCAUUUGCAGAGUGCAGAUGCUCAGAGAGAAACAGCCAGUCAAACAAUAGAACUCAUAAAGUACUUGAUGGAGUUUAAUAGCAGCCCUGGUGAUCUAAUGGAACUUUCACCUCUAUUUUCUGAUGAUAGCCGUGUUGCUGAGGCUGCUUCAAUUGCUCAAAAAUUACGUUCCUUUGCGGAGGAAGAUAUUGGAAGACAAAGCAUAGCUGUACCAUCUGUUGUGGGCAAUGCAACUGCUAGCAGAGGAUUGGAAGUUGCAGUUGCUAACCUUCAGGAAUAUUGCAAUGAACUAGAGAACAGAUUGCUGGCUCGGUUUGAUGCAGCAUCACAGAAGAGAGAAUUGUCUACUAUGGCAGAAUGUGCUAAAAUUUUAUCUCAGUUUAAUAGGGGUACCAGUGCCAUGCAACAUUAUGUGGCAACUCGUCCAAUGUUUAUUGAUGUGGAAGUCAUGAAUUCAGAUACCAGAUCAGUUCUUGGUGACCAUGGUUUACAGGCUAGUCCUAGCAAUGUUGCCCGUGGGCUUUCUUCCUUGUACAAGGAAAUCACAGAUACAGUACGUAAAGAGGCUGCAACAAUUACAGCUGUUUUCCCUUCUCCUAAUGAAGUUAUGUCAAUUUUAGUCCAGAGAGUUUUGGAGCAGAGAGUUACAACCCUUCUGGACAAACUAUUGGUAAAGCCAUCUCUAGUGAAUUUACCUCCUGUGGAAGAAGGCGGACUCCUAUUGUAUCUUAGAAUGCUAGCAGUGGCAUAUGAAAAAACACAAGAACUUGCUAGGGAUCUACGUGCUGUGGGAUGUGGCGACUUGGAUGUUGAGGGGCUCACAGAAUCUCUGUUCUCUGCUCACAAGGAUGAAUAUCCUGAACAUGAGCAGGCCUCUCUUAGACAACUUUAUCAAGCCAAGAUGGCAGAACUGCGUGCUGAAAAUCAGCAGAUAUCUGAAUCAACUGGAACAAUUGGCCGCUCAAAAGGAGCUUCAGUAGCAUCUUCUCACCAACAAAUAUCUGUUACUGUAGUGACAGAGUUUGUGCAUUGGAAUGAAGAAUCAAUUUCCAGAUGCACUAUGCUUACGUCUCAACCUGCUACCCUUGCAGCCCAUGUUAAAACAGUGUUCACUUGUCUGCUAGAUCAAGUCAGUCAAUAUAUAACAGAAGGGCUUGAACGGGCUAGAGAUAGCCUGACUGAAGCUGCGGCUUUGAGGGAAAGAUUUGUGCUGGGCACUAGUAUGAGUAGGAGGGUGGCUGCUGCAGCUGCAUCUGCUGCAGAAGCUGCUGCUGCUGCUGGAGAAAGUAGUUUCAGAUCUUUCAUGGUUGCUAUACAACGUUGUGGUAGUAGUGUAGCUAUAGUUCAGCAAUACUUUGCUAAUUCUAUAUCUCGGCUUCUACUACCUGUCGAUGGUGCCCAUGCUUCUUCAUGUGAAGAAAUGGCAACAGCUAUGUCCAGUGCAGAGGCUGCAGCUUAUAAAGGUCUUCAACAGUGCAUUGAAACUGUGAUGGCUGAGGUGGAGCGGUUACUCUCGGCCGAGCAAAAGGCAACAGAUUAUCGGGCACCUGAUGAUGGAAAUGCUCCUGAUCAUCGGCCAACAACUGCCUGCACAAGAGUUGUGGCAUAUCUUUCCCGUGUUCUAGAAUCUGCUUUCACAGCACUUGAAGGGCUUAACAAACAAGCAUUCCUUACUGAAUUGGGAAAUCGCUUGCAUAAAGGACUGCUUACUCAUUGGCAGAAGUUCACUUUUAAUCCCAGCGGAGGACUACGGCUAAAGCGUGACAUAACUGAGUAUGGAGAAUUUGUACGCAGUUUCAAUGCUCCUUCUGUUGAUGAAAAAUUUGAAUUGCUGGGCAUCAUGGCCAAUGUAUUUAUUGUUGCUCCUGAAAGCCUCUCAACUCUAUUUGAUAGUUCGCCUGGUAUUCGGAAAGAUGCACAAAGGUUUAUUCCACUUAGAGAGGACUACAAGAGUGCCAAACUCGCUUCGAAGCUUGCUUCUUUGUGGCCAAGCUCUAGUUGAUAGAGUCAAUAUGCUGAGUUCUAUAUGAUCUCCCAAAUUUCUUGGGUAACAUUAAAUUAAGCAGUUUCAUGCUGGGGAAACUGACUCCUCAAUUUUGGAACACUUGGUAGCCCAAGACUGAGCACAUCGAUGCAGUUAAAAGAUAAUGAUCUUAAGAGCUCGUAGAUCAAGUACAAUUUUUUUUUUUCCCAUUUUUUAUUUUUUCUUUCAUUUUUGUCGAUUGUAUAUUUUGUUAAGGUAUAAAUAGGAAGACCUGAUCAUAGAUUUGUAAUCUUUAAAGCUCAUUUUAAUCUACUAGGUUUGCUAAUAUGUUUUUUUGCUCAACAAUUCGUAGAUUCGAUGUUAUGGUGUGCCUUUGUAAAUGAUUAAUUUGGAAGAUUAAUGAAGAGAAUUAAAAGCUUGAUGCA